AUUUGGAUAAGAUACACUGCCUCAGAGUGUGAACCGUGUAAGCUACUAUAAGGGUCCACUCCAUCAACUAGCUUAGUAACAACAGCAUCAUCAAUUAUCAUGUUUCCCUUAUCUGAGAAUUAGACUGUGACCCUUUUCAAAUAACAGGUUUAUACAUAUUCUUAUAUAUAUAACUUGGUUGGUCAUGUUUUAUUUCAUCUCAAAUUCAACCUCCUAAGUCAUAUUAGAUUAUUAGUUACAUAGUUCAUAAAGAUGACAACAUCAGAAGAAACUUCAAGUCUGAAACUAUUGAGCCAACAUCUUUUGGAGGAUAUAUCAGACACCUUUUUGACCAAUCUCAGUUCUGUAAAACUUGAAUACACAUCAUCAUCAUCAUCAGAAAUUGAUUUGGAUUCAUACUUUUCAGAACAAAACAGUUUUCUUGAAAUCCUUAGUUUUGAAGCUGAUACAAAAUUCAUUGACUUCAGUUCUCAUGAUAAGGUACAAAACAUGAAGGAAGAAAGACCCUUUGAGGAAACACAUAACAAGAACUCGAAUUCCACAGAACCAAUUGUGUUGGAGAAGAAGGAACAAAGAUGUUAUGGAGGGAAACAUUACAGAGGAGUGAGGAGAAGGCCAUGGGGUAAAUUUGCUGCAGAGAUUCGUGACCCUUCAAGGAAAGGAAGCAGGGUUUGGUUAGGAACAUUUAACAAUGAGAUUGAUGCUGCUAAGGCUUAUGAUUGUGCAGCUUUCAGAAUGAGAGGUCAGAAAGCUAUAUUGAAUUUUCCUUUGGAAGCUGGUAAAGCAAAUCCAAAGCCUAAUAACAGUGUCAGUGGAAGGAAAAAGAGAAUACAUCAGAGAGAUGCUGCUACAAGUUCAAGUUAAUUAAGGCAUGUUAAAAUCGGGUUGGUGCGUGAAUAAUAUGGUCGGUGAUCCGAAUGGAUAACAUAUUAGAUUUUUAUAUUAGACGUCAUUGUAAAAUCGGUUUGUAAGUUGAGAAAUGUUACUCUAUAUAAAGUAUUUUAAACAUUAUAUCUU